CGCCAGCCCAGUAAACAAUCACAACUUGAGCGCUUCGGUACCACAACCCAACCCAGAUCGUUCCCAUCCGGAGAUGUCGCCACUGUUGCGCAAACUGGUCAUCCACGUCGGACUGCUGAUCCUGUUCGCCUGCUGGCUCCACGCCCUGGAGCUGCAGCUCCACGAGCAGCAGUUACAGCACCAGAUCGACGAGCAACUGAGGUUGCGAGAGGAGCAGCGCCAGCGGGAGCUGCAGCGGGAGAUAGUCAUUCAGCAGAGCCGCCUCUCCUCCACGUCCACCACCCGAAAGCCGUACAUCAUUCCGCACGGCCUGUCACUGCCAAGGCGGGGAGAGCAUCCGGACAAGUGUUUCCGGGAAGUGCCCGCCGUGUUCUUCCAGUACGACAAGGAGGUCAAAAUAGUGGGCAACAGCACCACGAAUCGCUAUUUUAACGUAAUCGAGGUAUGUUGCAAAGGUUGGAGGCGCUACGAGUACGACUGGAGCAAGUGCGUCCCCGACUGCGGCGACCGCUGCCAAGAGAACGGAUUCUGUCUGGCCGGCGGCAUUUGCCAGUGCUUCACCGACUUCGUUCUGAAUUACCGCAACAACUGUGUGCCGACAUGUCCUUUGGGAUGUCCCCACGGACGGUGUUUCCUCAACGGCACCUGCCUUUGCGACCAGGGAUACGAGCUGGACGGAUCGCGUCGCUUCUGCCAGCCACAGUGCAACUCCACCUGUGGCCACAACGAGGUCUGCCUGGAGCCGGGAAAGUGUGAGUGCGCCGAGGGCUAUGCCCGGGGCCUCCGUGAGUCCUCGGCCUUGGGGUGCCAGCCCGUUUGCAUACCGGACUGUGGAUACGGCCACUGCGUGGGUCCCAAUAAAUGCGAAUGCUUCCCGGGAUUCCAAAAGCGCGACAACGGCACCUCCUGCGAAAUCAAUUGCUACAUGCGUUGUGAAAACGGCUUUUGUGCCAAUCUGACGACGUGCGUUUGCCAAAAUGGAUAUCGCUACGACGAUAACACCACCAGCUGCCUGCCGGAUUGUGGGGACUUUUGCGAUAACGGAAUAUGCAUUACGCCCGGAAACUGUCGUUGUUUCAACGGAUACGUCCGGAAUCGGGAGAAGUGCGAGGCUGUUUGCGAUCGCGGUUGUGGCUUCUACGGGAAAUGCAUCGCUCCCAAUACGUGCGGAUGUGCCGUGGUCCCUGGACCGGACCGAACCCACCAGAGAUGUGAGUUCGGACUGUGCGACUCCCAGGGACGCUGUCGAUGUGAGCCCGGCAAGACGAGGUUCAUUGACAAGUGCAUGUCGCCGGACACGGUCACCACCUACGCCUCUAUGAACCCCGUCCGGGUAAACACUUCCCUGAUCCAUGAAUUCGACCUGCUCCUGGGCAGACAUUUCAGAUUGGGCGGCUCCGAAAACGUGCACAGUUCCAUGUGGUGGCUUUGAGAUAAGCAGCCAGCUUUGUCGCCCACUUCCACAGUCACAGUCACAAAGAAAACACUCUAAUAAAUACUGAAACUUUUCUCAA